AUUGAAUUGAGAAGGAAAAGAAAGUAUUUUAAAGUAUUUUUAUCCCUUCUGUAUAGCUUAUAUUUUAUAUCAGUAUUUUCCUUUGAAUUGGAUUAUCUAUUUUCCAAAAAAUGACAACUUUGAGGCCUUUCACAUGUGACGAUAUGUAUAAAUUCAACAAUGUAAAUUUGGAUCCACUCACAGAAACUUAUGGACUAUCAUUUUAUAUGCAAUAUUUAGCUCACUGGCCUGAAUAUUUUCAAGUUGCAGAAUCUCCAAGUGGGGAAAUUAUGGGAUAUAUUAUGGGUAAAGCUGAAGGUAUUGGUGAUAAUUGGCAUGGUCAUGUUACAGCUUUAACAGUUUCCCCAGAUUUUCGUAGGUUGCGACUAGCAGCUUCACUUAUGAACUUUCUUGAAGAAGUUUCAGAAAA